UUAAAAUACACGUUAUAAGAACAUUCUCAACAUAUUAAUGUGUUUUAUUGCACCAAAAUGUCAUUGUAACUAUUUAUAUUGUCAGAAGUUCUCUUGGCAAUUACCUCUAAAUGGUAAUGCGUUCAUAACACGUUUAAUUAUAUCAAAAUUAUUUAUUACAGAUAAACAUGUUCGCCAGAGCACGCUGGACAAGUUAUGGAAUAAGCAAUCGGGCGCCAUCCAAAUGCUGCUUUCCAUAUUGGAGAACUCAAGAGAUACAGCUACGUCAACAUAUACCACAUCUAUAUUAGAAGCAUUGUGUAUGAAACAAGGAAAAGGAAAGAAAUGUUCAGCUCCUAUUGAAGCGGCAAUAAAGAAGAAAGAAAACAAAAAAGCUGGCAAAGAAAACAAAGCUCCCAUUAUAAAGAAGGCGAACAACAUUACAAAGACAACAGUGCCUCAGCACUUCAUAUCGAUAAACGGCACUCAAGUGAUGAUUCGAAUGUUGAUCGCUACGCAUAGCAAACGAGAUGGCAACGUCGGCACCGAACUGAUGCUGCAGGACCUCGUGUGGAUCCUUGCCGCAUUAGCCCCUAAAGUUAACAAUUUGACGCGACACCACUGCGCACAAGAAUUCAUAGCUAUUAAGGGCACUCAAGUCAUUAUUCGCAAGGCAAUAUCGACGAUGCAUGACAAGAGUCGCCACGCUGGAACAGAAAUUAUAUUGCAAGAUUUGAUCUGGAUACUGGCCGCGCUCGGUACACGAGAUCCCAAAUUUGCAAUGAAAGUAAGAAUGCUGGGCUGUGUAAGGACAAUGCAUCUGAUAUUAAAGGGACACUUCACGGACAACAAAUUAAUUUUUCCUCUUCUGGUUAUUAUCAAGCAGUUAGCCAAAAUGGUAAUCACAACUUCCAUUCUUAUUCGUGACGGAGUCAUAGCAACUUAUGAACGAGUUCUAGUGAGCCUUGGUUUCAUACCAACUGCCAGGCUCCGACUGUGUCUAGAUGCCAUCGAUUACUUCAGCAAAAACAAGGUGUGCUGCAUGCAGAUCGUGAAGACAGGACUGUGUAGCGUGCUCCUCAGGGUGUUCGACCGAUGGGACCGCUACGAGGGCCGCAUGAGACUCAAGAUAUGCGCACACAUAUUGCAGACGCUACAGCAUCUAUGUAAUAUAAAGGCUGGGCGUCGGGCUCUGUGCACAAAGCACGUACAAACUCUUCACAGAUUCUGCUCGCAAUGUCCAGACGAGCCGGAGUUUGACGGACUGUUGGCGCGAGUCUGCUCUGUUAUAACGUUGUGCCUGAAACACCAGGCACUGCCAGUGGCAGUCACUAGCCCGGCCUCAUUUAACCUUAAUCCUAUACUUAAAGGAACUAACGCGUCUUGGCCAUGUCAUGAAGACGAAGAAGAAGACGCGGCGAAUUCAGAUUCUAAAACAGUCAAUUCAGAUCUUGAUGAUGACGGUCCAGAUACGGAUCUAGAUGGAAUGGAGGAGUUUCCUGAUACCGACUUUGAUGAACCUGAAAUCAAAAAUGAAACCAACGAAGACAGUAAUAUAGACAAAGGAUUUACCAAAAGUGGCGACAGUUUACAAAGUUCCCUUUGGAUAAAUCCUAGCGAGAGAGAUAUAGAAGACUUAAAAAAAUAUUUUAUUUAUUUCAAAGAGUUCGGUUCUUAUAACAAACAAAUUAAACUAGUCAAGAGCCGUUCCAAUUCACGCGGCUCUAUCUUGGAAGACUUCCUGACGUCUCAAGCCAGUGGUAACAGAAAUAUGUCGUCGACUCUGAGUCUUUCUCUAACUGGAGUUUUAGGAAACACUGAUUAUGAUAAUGUCAUGGGAUCAACACAAUCACCUUUCAUGCAGGGCUACCAUAAAAUCCAUGAGAGUAUUUCAACAACUUCUUGUUCAUCUCUUAAGAUACAUAAAGAUGUAUCUAAAUAUAGUUCAUUCGCGACCGUAUAUUCUAUGAUGACAUCGAGGGUUCGAAGUGUCAUUCCGUUCGUGAAGGUAGCGUACCCGGACAUGAUGGGUGGUCAGAGUUACAGUCAACCCGAACCCUUAAACAAAAUGGAAAGGACUGCCUGCAGAACGAAACUGCUAUCGUGCGUAGACAGGGCUAUAAACCCAGAAUCCUAUAUGAAUGAAGUAAUUUAUGAUUUGGAUCAGCUUUGUAGCAGUGCCAAUCCUUCCGACACAACUUCACAAAAAAGUACAUUCCUCACCAACAACGACGAACACGAGAUUACAAAAGUAAACAGCUUUUCCUCCAGAUUAGGAUUUGAGUCAAGAUUCGAGUCGGGUAAUCUUAGGAAAGCCAUUCAGGUCCGAGAGUACGAGCUGAUCCUAAUGCCCGACGUGAACUCGACCAAGAGACACCAGUGGUUUUUACUUGAAGUGCGCAACAUGACGCAAGGCCGCCCUUACAUCUUCAACAUUGUCAACUGCGAGAAAUCUGAUAGCCAGUUCAACUUCGGAAUGAAGCCCGUCAUGUAUUCUGUAAAAGAAGCCGUCAUGGGGAGGCCAGGUUGGGUGCGUGCCGGUUCCGAUAUUUGCUAUUACCGCAACAGCUACCAUUACGCGAACCAGAAGAGCCACAACAAAUGUUACCUGACCGUCACGUUCAACAUCGAGUUCCCGCACUCCAACGACGUGUGCUACCUCGCUUACCAUUAUCCAUUCACUUACUCCAUGAUGAUGACUCGCAUCUGGCAAUGGAGUUUGCAGAUGCCGCCCGGUUCUCUAUUCCGCGCUGAGCCGCUCUGCUAUUCGUUGAACAAUAACGAAGUCCCAUUGUUGACUAUUUCUGCUGACGACUCGCCGUCUAAUCCUAUUGUGGACCGUGACAUAGUGUUUCUAACUGCCCGCGUGCACCGAGAGAGCAACGCGUCCUGGGUGAUGGACGGUUCGCUCGCUUGCUUGCUCGGAGACACGGCCGUCGCCUCCGCAUUACGAGCCAAAUACGUCUUUAAGAUCGUGCCCAUGCUCAACGUGGAGGGAGUGCUCAAUGGCUGGUGAGUUUCAUAGUAGUGU